AUGCAGGCGCUUCAAGACGCGCAGCAGCGCUUUAAUGACCUUGUGAAUAAUGACACUGUCUGGCCUGAGCGCGUGCCGGUGACGAAUCUGCCGGACUUUGACGCCUCGUUUAUGAAGGAAGGGUUUCUGCAAAAGAAAGGCCAGCGGCUCAAAGGAUGGAAACGUCGCUGGUUCGUCUGUGACGGCCGCACGCUGUCGUACUAUAUCUCGAAGAAGGACCGGAAGCCGAAUGCCGUGAUCCCUUUAGAAGGCUGCAGUGUCGAAGACGGGGGACUGAGUGAGACGUGGAACUCGCCGCGCAUUUAUUUGACGGACCCCGCGACCGGGAUCAUGUACUGCUUGUCCGCAGAAGAAGGGACCGUGGUCACGCAAUGGCUCCAUGUCUUGCGCGCAGCGGUGGCUCGAGUUCAAAGUGGAUCCACUGGGAGUGACGCGAGUGUCGAGGCAUCGUCACAAGGCUCGGCACUGAAGCAACGCUCAGGACGACAGCAGAACAAGUCGCAGGGGCCACGGCUGCCGUCGGCUUCUGAUGAUGAAGACGGUCGCGUGCAUCUCAAACGUGCGUCAUCAAUGGAACCAACUUCGACCUUACCGAGAUCAACAUUGGUGGGUUCAAAUGCUCCAGCAUCGUCAAAUGCAGCUGCAAGUGGCGAGAAGAAGAGGCGUGCGGCUCGGGUGGUAGCAGCACCUUUGGUGACCGGUACGAGUUCGAAUAGUACGGCAACGUUGCCGCCGUUACAGCAGCAUCAUCACCGUCCUCAUCGUACCAAGACACAGCGCUUGCCUACGACCGUUUCACUGGAAAAUGAGCUGUCGUAUGGACUUGAUGUACUGGAGGCACUGUUGUGUGGCCACAGCAUGACAAGGUCAUCGUCUCCGAUCCGCAAUCACGUUGUAUUUCGACCCAUGGGUGCAUCCAACGGCGUGUUGCGUAGCCUUGGGACGGACAUGAGUUCUGGAAAGCAGUAUGCGCGAGCGAGCGUUGUCUUGCCUGUGUCAUCAGAAGUGGCGGCAAUAUUGCUGGCUGACCAUGCGCGUCGCGCCGAAUGGGAUAUACACUUUCCACAAUCAUCUCACGUAGCUACCUUUGACGACGCGACGGAUCUUGUGCAUCUAUCGAGUGGUAGCUUUGCGCAAGUCCAGAAAACGAAGCCGUUUAUAGCUCCACACGUGGCUGCCACAGUGUGUGCUUUUGCAUUCACUGCACCACGUGAUUUGGUGCUUUUGCGUCAUGUCCGCGAGUCUGCUGUGUCUGAUUCUCACGAUUCGGGUGAAGACAAGUCGGUGGACGAGAUGGGCCAAUCUGUGGUACUCAUGCUGGAAAAGUCUGUGGCCAACGAGCUAAAACCAAUCGUGCCUGGAAUAGUGCGUGCGUGUGUGGGCUUGAGCGGUUGGUUACUGGAGCCGGUUGGUUCAGGCCACGCCACACUGGCCACCUAUAUCACCGAUUUGGAUAUGCGGGGGUGGCUAUCGCCUUUGACGCGGCAAAGUUUCUUGAUCUCGCGUCUGGAUUGCGUGUCUGUUCUAAGUGAGUACGUCAAUCAGGCGCAGCUGUGUGGGCCAGAACUUGGGUUUGGCGGUGGUUUGGACGAAGAUGGUGACGGCGAGUACGAUUCUCGAAGUGCUGGGUACGAAGAGACUGGCGAUGGAAGUCUUGGGGAUGCUGCCGAUAGCGAGUCAUCUGCGAUAUUUCACCCGAAGACGUAUAUGCGUGGCAUGGUACCGCUGCCCAGCGGUGGUCUGAAGCUGAUUGACAAAGAGGUGGCAAAGAAGCAGGGUGGUGUGGUGAAGGAUGUGAUCAAGUCUGCGGGAGCAAAGAUCCUGGAGGGCAAGUCAGCUGUUAGUCUGUCACUUCCUGUGCGUAUUUUCGAACCCCGUACCAAUUUGGAACGCGUGUGCGAUUUGAUGUUAUAUGCGCCGACGUUCUUGAACGUUGCGUAUGCGCAGAAUGAUGCAUUGGAACGCUUCAAGUACGUCAUGACAUUUGCAGUGGCUGGGUUGCACCACAGUAUUGGACAGCUAAAGCCAUUCAAUCCAAUUCUAGGUGAGACGUUUCAAUCGACGCUGAAUGAUGGAACUGAUGUAAAUUGUGAACACACGAGCCAUCACCCGCCAAUCAGUAAUUUCCAGUUCACUGGUGAGAAGUACUCUAUCGCUGGAUUUGUACUUUGGCAUGCGAGCAUGAGCGUCAAGUCUAACGCGAUGCUCAACACAAAUAAGGGACCUAUUCGUGUCACAUUCCCUGACGCUGAAGAUGUUUCUGGAACGACCAUCGAGUACAAUUUGCCGUAUUUGCAGAUUGGUGGCUUGCUUUGGGGAGACCGUACGGUUGACAUUAUGGGCAAUAUGGUAUUUGAAGACAAGAAGAACCAUUUUCAGUGCGAGCUGCGCCUGAAUCCAGAUGCGAAGUCCGGUAUGGGUGGUAUAUUCUCGAGUUCCAAGACGCCCACGGAUUCACUUCGUGGAACCAUCUUGGACACAUCAGUGUCACCUGCGCGAGAGAUCUGUGACGUUUCUGGCUCAUGGCUGCAUGAUCUCGUCUUUGAUAACAAGACGUAUUGGAGCAUUGAUAAGCACCAGAGUGGCUACAUGAUGCCGUACCCUAAAGAGAAGAUUUUGGCAUCCGAUUCCCGGCACCGCGAGGAUCUACACUAUUUGGCAGCAGGUGACUUGGACGAAUCGCAGGAGUGGAAGGUGAAGUUGGAAGUCCUGCAACGUGCCGACCGCAAAUUACGCCUGGAUGGCCGACGUCCCAAUCACUGGUCUUACCGCACUGCUCCUGGUCAUUGA